UCUGUAUCUUAUGGCAAGUUAAAGAGUGUUUCUUGCUGUAAUGUUAAUAUUCUACUCAUUUGGAGUUAAAAACGACAUCGGAUGCCAGAUUAAGUUCUUCGUUUGGUAACAAGCAGCCAAUGAAAUCUGGUCCUGUGGGUCUCAGUAUCAGCCAGUGAUCACAGUUCACACCUACAGUGAAGCCCCUCCCACAACAAUUCACCUACAAAUACUGGUGAAUAUUCACAUCAUCCUACAAGAAAAGAACAAACUCCAGGUGCAGCAGCUGAAAUCUGUGUGACUGUUAAAGAUGGAGUUUGUUAAAGAGGAGAUUGAAGACAUGAGUGAUCCAGAACCAUCCAGAAUAAAACAUGAAGAUACUGAGGAACAAACAGACUGGGUGGAGAUGAAAGAGCAAAGACAAGAACUGAAUGAAGAGGAGGAGAAACGUGACUUCAAAACGCAAAGAACAAAAGCCAAAAAGCUGCACACGUGCUCACAGUGUGGAAAGAAUUUCUCACAUAAAGGACACCUUAAUGUGCACAUGAGAAUCCACACUGGAGAGAAACCGUACACAUGCCCUCAUUGUGGAAAGAGUUUUUCACAACUGAACUCUUGUAAACAGCAUCAGGAAAUUCACAAUGAAGUAAAAGAACAUGUGUGUUGUGAGUGUGGGAAGAGCUUUACUUCAGCUGACCAUCUUAAACAGCACCUGCGAAUUCAUACUGGAGAAAAACCUUACAAGUGCUCAUACUGUGACAAGAGUUUCAAUCAGUCAGGAACCCUGAAAGUACACAAGCGAGUUCAUACUGGAGAGAAGCCGUACCACUGUACUCAGUGUGGAGAGAGUUUCAGAUAUAAAAAUGAUCUCAAUUAUCAUCUGCUCAUUCACUCUGGGGAAAAGCCAUUUACCUGUGAUCAGUGUGGUAAAGAUUUAAAAUCAUCAGCGUAUCUGAAAGAACACAUGAAAAUUCAUACAAAUGAGAGACCUUAUGCAUGUUCAUUUUGUGGAGAGGGUUUUGCUCGACAGGACCAUUGCAAACGGCACGAGAAGAAACACACCGCUGAGAAAGAUCAUGUGUGUCGUGAAUGUGGGAAGAGCUUUACUAGAGCUGAUAAUCUGAAACAGCACCAAAGAGUUCAUACUGCAGAAAAACCUUACAAGUGCUCACAUUGUGACAAGAGUUUUACUUGGUCUGGAAACCUGAAAUCACAUGAGCAAGCUCAUACUGGAGAGAAGCCGUACUACUGCCCUACAUGUAAUAAGUGUUUUAGACAUUUACAAAGCCUUAAAAAUCAUAUGAAAAAUCACAGUGAGCAGCAUUUUCAUGAUCAUGAUGAAACACUCAGUUCUUAGAGUGUAAAAUAAUUUGUAUCUUUCCUCCUGGGUAAUUAGUUUUCUAAAUGUGUCAUGAUGGCCUAAGCAGGUCUCUCUUUUUCUCCACUUCCAAAACAAAGAUUCACAUAUAAUGUACUCACCCCCUUGUCAUCCAAGAUGUUCAUGUCUUUCUUUCUUCAGUCGUACAGAAAUUAUGUUUUUUUGAGGAAAACAUUUCAGGAUUUUUUUCCAUAUAAUGGACUGAUAUGGUGCCCAGAGUUUGAACUUCCAAAAUGUAGUUUAAAUGUGGCUUCAAACGAUCCCAAAUGUGGUUGUAAACGAUCCCAGCUGAGAAAGAAGGGUCUUAUCUAUCAAAAACAAUCAGUUAUUUUCAUAAAAACAAUUUAUAUACUUUUUAAUGUCAAAUGCUCAUCCUGUCUUACUCUGCCUAGACUGUUUUGUUCCGGUUCAUGACAGUUAGGGUAUGUCGAAAAACUCCCAUCUCAUGUUCUCCCUCAACUUCAAAAUCAUCCUAUAUCGCUGUUUUACCUUUUUUGUUAAGGGUGUUUGAUCUUUGCAUGUUUACUUUGCAAAGACUGGGUCGGUACUUCUGCAGCGAUGUAGGAUGAUUUUGAAAUUAUUUUUGUUUUUGUUAUGAGUUGAGGGAGAAAAUAUGAUUGGAGUUUUUCGACAUAUCCUAACUGUCUUGAGUCAGAAUACACGGAGUUCAGGGAGAGAAAGGCAAGAUGAGCAUUUGAGAAUAAAAAGUAUUUAGAUUGUAUUUUUUUAAUGAAAAUAACCGAUCAUUUCACUAGAUAAGACCCUUCUUCCUCAGCUGGGAUCAUUUACAACCGCAUUUGGGAUCGUUUGAAGCUGUUUGAAUCGUUUGAAACGUUUUCUUCAAAAAAACAUAAUUUC